CCACUUUCGGGCGGUAGCGGCCCGGCGGCGAGUCCCGAUCCCCGCAGCCCCCCUGACCGCCGGCGGGGGACGAGGCUGAAACGGGCCGUCCAACACCAGCGUGGUGGCUCGACCCAGGCGGGAGCCUUGGGCAGAGAUGCGCCCUCUCCUCGUUUGCUCCUUGCUUCACCAAGUGCGUUUUUGUUGCUCUGGAAUCACAAGUCAUAGUAAAAACUCCAACCUUCAUUACAGCUAGAAAAUCUACUUAUUCCGUGACUGAACACGUGAAAAGUCCUGCUGCCGUUUCCACCCUCAGCUGAUGUGCCAGAUGGAGAAGACCUGGGCCACCCGAGUCUAUGUCAGAAGGCUCCUCCUGCAGGUUGAACUGUAUUUUCCAACAUUUGAAGAGCAAAAACAGCACUAUGGCUCCAUGAACUAUGAAACUGCAGGAAGUGUGGCAGCCCUCCCUACCUCCAGCUUUCCUUCCUUACUGUGACGUUCUUCUCAGGACCUUUCAUUUCAUCCCCACUGGGCAUACAGUGGCCUGACUCGGGAUCAGAGCAGAGGAAACAGUUUGCAGAUCAGGGAGAGCCAUGGCCUUGAGGUUGUAUGUCUUCCAUCUCUUCCAUAAGUUCAAAAUGUUGGUGCUCAUCACUUUGUGUUUUGUGGUGCUAUGGGCCACAUUCAGUUACUUUGUGGACUCCAGACAGGAAAUUUCUAAGGCUAGGAGCCUGGUGCAGGAUUUCAGAAAGUUAAUAAGCCUGGAGGACAGCAAGAAGGAAGAGAAGAUUGAAUCAAUUGCGAAAGUUCCCACAGUGACAUCAUUUCAGGAUUUCUGCCCAGAGCUGUCUCCCUACCUGCGAGGUGCCAGCAAACUCACUUUCAAAGCAUCCCUAACACUAGAAGAAGUGCAAAAGGAGAACCCUCAGGUAACCAAGGGCCGGUAUCACCCUACAGAGUGCUCAGCAUUGCAGCGUGUGGCCAUCAUCAUCCCACACCGCAAUCGAGAGAAGCACCUGCUCUACCUUCUGCAGCACCUCCACCCCUUCCUACAAAGGCAGCAGCUGGACUAUGGCAUCUAUGUUGUUCACCAGGCUGGCAGCACCAAAUUUAAUCGAGCUAAACUGCUGAAUGUAGGAUACCUAGAGGCCUUAAAAGAAGCGAACUGGGACUGUUUCAUUUUCCAUGAUGUGGAUCUGGUGCCAGAAAAUGACUUAAACAUUUACAUGUGUGACACACAACCAAAGCACCUUGUAGUUGGCAGGAACAAUACUGGAUACAGGUUACGGUACCCAGGAUAUUUUGGUGGUGUGACUGCUCUUACCAGAGAUCAGUUUACCAGGGUGAAUGGAUUCUCUAACAGCUACUGGGGAUGGGGUGGAGAAGAUGAUGACCUUCGAAUCAGGGUUGAGAUGCAGAAGAUGAAAGUGGUGAGGCCAUCUGCUGAGGUAGCCAGGUACACAAUGAUCUUCCACAAGCGAGACCAAGGUAAUGAGGAGAAUGCAGAGAGAAUGAAGCUUCUAGGCCAGGUAUCCAGAACGUGGAAAACAGAUGGGCUGAAUUCUUGUUCAUAUAAACUGCUGUCAGUGGAACACAACCCUUUGUAUGUCAACAUCACAGUGGAUUUCAGCAUGCAGCCCAAGAUCUCAUAAGGGCAUGCACCGCACAGAGUAUCAGAAAUGGCAACAGAUCAUGUUUGUGGUUACUGUUACAGCAGGUGACUCCUGCCAGUCUGCUUUAAAGAGCACUUCAGAAGCAGAGAAGAAUCUUUCUCUUCACAGCAUCUGAUUGGUUGGUUGAGAAUUUUCUUUUGUGAGGGACUGGUCCCUGGGUACUUCUAUGCACUUUCUGCUGGGACAUUUGCAAAGGUGUCCUUGUUUGGGCUGGUCCAGUGGAAGAACAUAGAGUUUAUGUCUCCUGAAAAAAUGUUCUUGCAGCUAUUCUGAACUUACUUUUUUGUAGGCAGAAGACAGUCUUGUGCUGUCAACACUGCUGUAACUUCAAAAGGAACAGGACAGUCUUUUUUCAGUAAAACCACAGGAAUUCUUCAACUACAGACUCACUGAGAAAAGCUAUUUUUUCUUAGGCUGUGGAAAAACUGCUUAUGUCUGUGGGAAGGGCAAUAAUGGUAAUAGGUGAGAUGCUAAAAAUCUCUAAAUAAACACACUCCAUUGAAUUCAAAGUGCUUUUCUUGUCUUUCAUGAGCCCAGCUCACCCUGCUGUA